AUGGAGCACUUCCAUCAGCCUAACCAGCACGUGCUUCCCUACGGCACAAGUUCCCCCUUUCUGAACCUCUGGCUGUCUGGACGCUCCACCGUGCUCCUUACCAAGACGAAGUGCUUCUUGGUGACCACUCAGGGCACAGAGGUCCUCUUCUACUGGACGGAUGAGGAGUUUGAAGAGAGUCUCCAGCUGAAGUUCGGGCAGUCAGAGAAUGAGGAAGAAGAGCUCCCUGCCCUAGAGGACCAGCUCAGCAGCCUCCUAGUCCCGGUCAUCAUCUCCUCCAUGACGAUGCUGGAGAAGCUCUCAGACACCUACACCUGCUUCUCCAUGGAAAACAGCAACUCCCUGUAUGUCCUUCACCUGUUUGGAGAAAGCCUGUUCAUUGCCAUCAAUGGCGACCACACCAAGAGCGGGGGGGACCUGCGGUGGAAGCUGUACAUGCUCAAGGACCUGUUUGAAGUGCACUUCGGGCUGGUGACUGUGGACGGUCACCUUAUCCAAAAGGAGCUGCGGCCCCCAGACCUGGGGCAGCGUGUCCAGCUGUGGGAGCACUUUCAGAGCCUGCUGUGGACCUAUAGCCGCCUGCGGGAGCAGGAACAGUGCUUCGCCGUGGAGGUGAUUACUGGGCGCGAGAGUCCGCAGGACUUGGAGCUAGGAAGUGGGAGAGCAGUUUACGACAGCGCCGGUCGUGUUUACGGCGGCGGCCGCUGCGCGCGCAUGUUUCCUCUUUUCCUGGUUUCUCAGAGUGCUGCUGCUAACGCGGUUCCUGGCCCGCACUAUCUGUUGCCAUCCCGGCCGGCCGAGGCCGUUACAGUUCCUAUUAGGAAGAUGAAGCUUCUAGGUUCAUUCUGUGUUGCUGUCACCCAAGUGUCAUCUCUGAAGGAAGCCUCAAUCUCCCCAGCAUGGGGCUUUGAGGAGAGUUUACUAAGUUCAGCCUACCUGUUCUUUUGA